AGUCUUCAGUGAACUUUCGGUAGUUGAGGUUCGUUGUUUGUUAGUCAAGAAGAAGAUAAUCUUAAAAUCCUUAUUUAAGUCUUGGAUUAAGAUAUUACCAGGAGAACAGAAUUAUUUGAGAUUUGGUUUUCUAUAGAAUGUCAAGAUAUUUAUUGAAUUCAACUAGAAGAUUAUUAAAUUCGUCUUCAUUACAAAUAUUUUCAUCGAUUAACAGAAACAUGUCGGGAACCUCAAAAAUACUUCAUCAAAGCUUAGCGGAGUUAGAUCCUGAGCUAAUGAACCUUGUGAAGAAGGAGAAGCAACGACAACUUCGUGGACUUGAAAUGAUUGCGAGUGAAAACUUCACAUCGAUGGCAGUUCUUCAGUGUCUCAGCUCUUGUCUCCAUAAUAAAUAUUCCGAAGGAUUGCCUGGACAAAGAUAUUACGGAGGAAACGAGUUUAUCGAUCAAAUUGAGCUUCUCGCUCAAAAGAGAGCACUUGAAGCUUACCGAUUAGAUGAAAGUCAAUGGGGAGCGAAUGUUCAACCUUAUUCUGGAUCUCCAGCAAACUUUGCAGUUUACACUGCAUUGCUUCAGCCUCAUGAUCGAAUCAUGGGAUUAGAUUUACCAGACGGUGGUCACUUGACUCAUGGAUUCAUGACAGCCAACAAAAGAAUCUCAGCUACGUCAAUCUUCUUCGAAUCAAUGCCUUACAAAGUCAAUCCAGCGACUGGUCUCAUUGACUAUGAUAAACUGGAAGAGACAGCAAAGCUUUUCAAGCCUAAAAUCAUCAUCGCUGGCGUUUCCUGUUACAGCCGUUGUCUCGACUAUAAAAGAUUCCGUGAAAUUGCCGAUCAAAACGGAGCUUAUCUCUUCGCUGACAUGGCCCAUAUCUCUGGACUUGUUGCAGCUGGUGUCAUUCCAUCGCCGUUUGAAUUUGCUGACGUUGUUUCAACGACAACACACAAAACAUUACGUGGACCUCGUGCUGGUGUCAUCUUCUUCCGAAAAGGAUUGAUUGAGAAAGGCUACACAAUUGCAGCUGGUGGGACUGACAUUCAUUUGGUGUUGGUUGAUUUGCGUAAAAAUGGAAUCACUGGAGCUCGUGCUGAAUAUAUUUUGGAAGAGAUUUCGAUUGCAUGUAACAAGAAUACAGUUCCAGGAGAUAAAUCAGCUUUGAAUCCAUCAGGAAUACGCUUAGGAACGCCAGCUUUGACAACACGAGGAUUGCUUGAAAAUGACAUCGAUAAAGUCGUUGAUUACAUUCAUCGUGGUCUUGAAUUAUCAAAGGAGAUUGUAGCAGUUUCCGGACCGAAACUUGUCGACUUCAAAGCUGCUGUUCAUGGUGAAUUUGCUUCCAAGGUUGAAGUUUUGAGACAAGAAGUUGAAUCUUUCAGCGUGGACUUCCCAAUGCCCGGAUAUGAAGACUACUGA